UCAAGAAGCUCUGCAAAAUCGUCUCGCCGCUCCUUAUCAUCUAUGGACCCCACACAAACGACUAGCGAUUUCUUAGGUUCGCCUACCGAUGGUACCGCUUCAUCGCAUAGUGUUCUUUCGCAGGUCGAAAAGAUUGCACAGACCAUGACGUCUGAUGAAGAAACGAGUCUCAUUGAUGGAAAAAACUCCGUUAUUCCUUCCCGACCAGAAGGAGAUAAAAAGAACGAUAUAUUCGAGGGAAUCUCAUUUUGA